AUGGCGAUUACUUCAGCGCAGAAGGCGGCCAUGCGCGAGGUCCUGCAGGCCAUCCUCAAUUUCACCCAGGGCGGGCGUUACAAGCGCCACCUCUCCGACAUCUUCCUCGACCUGCCGAACAAGGAGGACUUCGAGGACUACUACCGCAUCAUCCCACACCCGCGAUGUCUAAACGACGUCAAGAAGAAGAUUGACAAAGACGAGUACAAAGAGUGCACGGACGCGUACGGCGAUCUCAAUCUCGUCUUCCUCAACGCGCUGUACUAUAACGAGGACGGCAGCCAGGUUCACUCGGACGCAACGCGUCUCAAGAUGAUACUUGACACGGAAUGGAACAACCGGAGCGUACUGCCCACGCCGCGCGCGUCGCUACCGCCGGAGUCCGCGCAACGGACACACCAAAAGCCUGAAAAGCGCUCUAAGCCGCCCGCUCCUCCGCCCGCCUCUGCACCUGCCCCGACCCUACCGAAAGCUCCCGCUACGCCCGUUCCUGCUCCUGCUCCUACUCCCGCGGCUGCUAUCCAGACACCCGCACCCGCGCUUACCGUACAGCCACCCGUCGCCGGCCCGUCCACUGCGCCCCCUGCGUCCACACACGUCGCGAGCCCGCAGCAAGCGCGCGGGUCCUCGCCCGACCAAGAGGGUGACGGGGAGGCUGAGGACGGGGAAGAGAAUCUCAACGGGCGCGAGGAGGAGGCGCGCGACGGCGAGAGUGAGUCGAUUAUUCGGCAGCUCGAGAAGGGACUGCCGCGCUGGGAGGGGUUCGGCGACCAGGGAUGGAUGGACGACGUGCCCAACGAGCGGCUGGUCGAGAUUGUGCAUGCAGUCAAGUCGUACAAGGACGUUGUUGGUAAUCGAUAUUCUGAAGCGUUAGACGCGUUACCCGAAGAGACGAAGAUACCCGACAUACCGUAUAGCGCACAACUUUCCUUGCGACUCAUUGAGAGUAAAGCGCGUGCGGGCAGCUACCCCUCAUCCCGUGCCUUCGAUGAAGAAAUGUCGCAGCUCUUCCUCAAAGCCCGCCGGACCUAUGAACCCACCACGGAGCCCUAUACGCGCGUUCUCCUCCUGCAGCGCCUCUACCACCAGCUCACCUUCCCGCCGCCCUCCGCGCCGAUAUCGACCCCGAUUCCGCCCUCGCCGAGCAACUUCGCGUCUAUCCGAGCGGGCGGUGGCCCGGGUGCGGCCGAGCCCGCGACUGCGUUUCGGGUGUCGACGAAGGACCGCGAGAUCGUGGAAGAGCUCUGGUUCAAGGGCAUGAAUUUCCGCCUCGGCGAUUGGGUCCACGUCGCGAAUCCGGAUGACCCCGGGCGGCCGAUAGUUGCGCAAGUUUUCAGGUGCUUCGUCAGUGAGGACCCGAAGUCAAAGGGACAACCUGGAAUCAGCGUAUGCUGGUACUAUAGACCGGAACAAACGUGGCAUCCCGCUCAUCGCCAGUUCUGGCAAAACGAGGUGUUCAAGACUGGUCACUUUGCGGACCAUACCCUGCCGGACAUCAUCGAGAAGAUCGCGUGUCAGUUUACGGCGCGGCACAUCCGCGGACGGCCUCGGCCGCCCUAUUGGUAUCCGGGCGAGCCGCUCUACGUAUGUGACUCACGGUACAACGACCGAGAGCGGGUGUUUGUGAAGAUCAAGAACUGGAACUCGUGUGUGCCGGAGGAGGUGCGAAAGUCGGACGGGUUCAUGCCGAUAUACCCGUUUGAAAGGAUUGUGUACCCGCGCCGGUUUGCGUCGCCUUUCCUCCAGCCCCCUGCGCCGGGGAGCUUGGGAGGGGGAGGGCAAGCGCCGGGCCCUGGCGGGCUCGGGGACCCGAUCGAGCGUGCCGAAGGCGAGAAGAUCGAGGGCGGCGGGACGGGACGCAAACGGAGCAAGAAGGCGUCCGCGAGUGCGAGUGCGACGGACACGUAUGGGCCGAGUAAGGGCCUCUACGUCGGUGGGCCCUUACCCGGACAGCAGCCGCAGCUGCCCGUUCCGGCUCCAAUGCUGCAGCAGGUGCAGGUUCAGCAGCAGCGGUCGCACACGCCGCAGGUCCAGCAGCAGCAACAACAGGCCGCGCCGCGGGCCGGGGACGACCGAUCGAUUGUUGGCGCCGCAGGGGGAUGGGGCGUGCUGGGCACGAACGCAUCGGCGUCCAAACUGCCACCCGAGACCGCGAAACUGUUCGAUCGCGAUCCGGAGACGAACGAGGUACUGUGGUUCGCGAGCCCGCCCGUGGAUGUCGCGCGCGUCCCGCCACCGCGGUAUAGUCUCGCGUAUCUACACCACUUAGCUAUGAAGCGCAAGGCAGUUGGCGCGGGUUCGGACUCAACGGACGUGGACGCGGGCGGGGACGAGGUCAACAAGCGAGCGCGAGUUGGUGCGCCGCAGCGGACGACGGACGCCAUCAACGCGUUGUAUGCCGACAUCUUUGGCGACAAGUAGCGAUUAAAUUGGGGUUCUCGUGGUGUACGAUAUGGGGUCUGUCAGCGGUCGCUGAGAUGUUCUUGUUUAGUCUGCGGGUAGUGCUAGGCAUUUGAUCCUAUGAUAUGAGCGCGAGGCCCUCCCACUCGCCCCAUGAAGUUUA